AUGACGAGGUAUGAAAAUUCGUCACAUAUUGCCUGGCGCCAGGAGCCGGUAGACGAUAUUGCUUUUAUGACGCUUAGAGCGGCGAGCGCGGAGGGCGGCGAGCGGCGCGCGCGCGGGCAGCGGGAUCUGGACGGCCGGCGUUGGGCAGGAUCCAGGUGGAGCUGCCUCUCCCUCUCCCUAGGCAGUUUGCCGAUUGGCGUCGAUCUGGAGGCGCCGAUCGAUGAAGUGACUAGAUUGCCGUUGAUAGUGUGCCCAACUUGCAAGGAUGUGAGAGUGUUUGCUGCUAAUACCAAGAACGGGAGUAAUGUUGGAAAGAGAUUUUUCAAGUGUCCUAGGAAGAACUAUAAUAAUGGGACAUGUGAUAGGUUUUGGUUCGAUGAAGAAUAUGUGGUGUACCUUCACGAUAAUGGACAUCUACCAUCAGCAUCCUCCACCAUUGAAGCAGGUUUGACAACCGAGGUUCCUGAGCUUGUGAAAAAAAUUGAUAGCUUGGAGCAAAAUCUGAACAAGGUGCAAGAAAUGGUUAGCAAGAACAGAGAAGGCAUGGGAAGCUUCAUUUGUCUCAUGUGUGGAUGUGUGAAUGUAACAAUAGUCCUGCUGGUUGCCAUCUUCUUAGUUGUAGCUUUUGUGCUGAAGUAG